AGAAUCGCUGCUGAUUUUCUUGAGAACGCCCUGCUUGAAAAAUCGAAGAGAGAUGACAACUACUGCAGAGUUGCCGCGUCUGACCUUUUCCGACUAUCAGCUUUCCGUUGAUGUUGGCUUCUGGGAGGAACUGCGGCGCCUUAAGCUGAUGAUGUGGAAACUCGAAGAGCCGUUCGCAUCUUUACACGGCAGCAUCCGCACAAAUGUUUCAAACCGCGCUCUUCUUACUCCAGCAAAUGUGGUGCACCUGAGCUCUGCUGCCUUUGAGGUGGCGCCUUCCGAACAUGGCGCAGUGAACACUUUCACAGAAGUUGUGGACGUGCAAAUGCGGGGAAAAGUGAAAAACUACAACUUUCCCGAGGGACUCAAAUCGCUAGAUUCGCGAAAUGCUCUCCUCUCCCUUGUUGCGGAAUACAUGCUGAAGCCUGCUCUCGCCGACAACCUUACAGCAGAAGAGGAGGAGGAGUCAUGGUCUCAGAUACCAUUUUGCAUGGUGUCCAUGUACACCUACAUAGACGCAAAAUCGUACCGCUUCUUCCACAAGGAAGCAUUCCCGUCGAUCGCGUUGGACGGAUCGAUUCUUAUCAAGGCUGCAGCACGCGAAUCGGCCGAUUCGCUUCCGUUCUCGCUCUCCGCAGCUCAGGCCAUCUAUGACCAUGGUGUCGCGCGGCUGCGAAGCUACCCAGAGCGAGGGUGUAAUCCGUUCCUCUCCAUGUGCUCUCCCCCAGCUCUCCCUGUAUUCAAAGCACUGUCGCCUCGCGCUCUCAGUGUCGCGGAGGACGAUGCUGCGCACGUGAUACUGUGUUUCUUCGACUUCUCAGAUGCUGCAGAAACACUGUGCCUGUCAGCUCGAAACCUCAUCACAUGCGUUCGGCUUGCGGUACCAUCGUUGACCUCGUUGAGUGUGUAUGCGCUGCGAUCUGGCGGCCCUGCGAAGAGUCUUUUUCUUCAGCUGGCGUUUGACGCUGUCGACCAAGCGACGGUCACGGCCUUGAAGCUGCGCCUCACCGGCGCGGCCUUCGAUAAGGUACAAGGCGUUAACUGGAAAGAGGAGUUUCCGAGUUUGAAGGUGUCAGGGUGGCGCAAAAAGAAAGUCGAAGGUCUCGAUCUUGGUGCUUUCAUUGACCCCGUCCGACGUGCUGACAGCGACUCGCGGUUUAACCUGGAACUGAUGAAGUGGCGGGUACUGCCUUCUUUGGAGUUGAGUCGUCUCGCAGACUGCAAGGUGCUUCUCCUCGGCACUGGGACACUCGGCUGCAACGUUGCGCGAAACCUUCUCAUGUGGGGCGUGCGCCACUUUACGCUUGUCGACCGCGGCAACGUGUCGUUUUCCAACUUGGCGCGCCAGUCUCUUUUUACGUUUGAAGAUGCGAAGCAAAACAAGUCGAAGGUGGACGCCGCGGCGGAGGCACUGCGGUCCAUCAUUCCGUCUGUGGUGGUGCGGCCCGUUCCCUUGACAAUUCACAUGCCCGGACACCGCGUGGACGAAGGCAAACUAGACGAGGUGCUGGGGGAAGUGCACCUGUUAGAGGAGCUCAUCGGCAACAGUGAUGUAGUCUUUCUCCUCACCGACUCGCGCGAAGCUCGCUGGAUGCCAACGCUCAUUUCCGCGGCUUGUGGCACCCCCGUCGUGAAUGUCGCCUUAGGUUUCGACACGUACGUGGUGAUGCGGCACGGCGUCCCUUCUGCCGCAAACUCGCGCUCCAACGCAGUGAGAAACGGGGGCGCAGCUGCGACCGCACCUGCGGCGCUCGGCUGCUACUUCUGCAGCGACGUUGUCGCGCCGACCGACAGUCUGAGCUUCCGCGCGCUAGAUGAGCAGUGCACUGUCACUCGACCUGCCGUGUCGUCCAUCGCUUCUGCCAUUGCGGUCGAGCUGGUCGCCGAGGUGUACCAGCACCCCGAUGGGUUUUGCUGUCCCGCCUACCGCGAGUCUGCCAGCGGUGACACGGACACCGGAAAGUGCCGUCUCGGUGUGAUUCCACAGCAAAUUCGCGGCAGCGUCUUCUCGCAUAGCAUGCACCACCUGUGUGGGGAGCGCAACCCUUUCUGCACCGCCUGCUCGGACAAGCUGCUCGACGCGUACAGGGCUGGCGGUGCCGCAUUUCUGCUUCGUUGCGUGAAUACACCUAUGGAUAUUGAGGAGGUGUGUGGCGUCAAGGAGUUGAAGGAGUCGUGGGAGACAGACGUGAAGGAGAUGUGCUGGAGCUCCGAUGAGGAAUGGGUGGAUUCAUGA